CCCAUACGCGUCGAGGCUACUGCUCCUGUCGGCACAUUGGUGUCGACUUUGCGCGCGGAUUAAAGGCCAGGGGCCAAAAUCUUCAUCGAAACAAGUGGCACUAUCGUCGUGUAGACGCUACGUAGUUAUAUCUGAAGAUAAAAGGAUGUACAUACAAUGUCUCGUGGUGUGACAAGCCCAGUUAUGGGUACCCUGGUGUGGCGCUUUGUUGACAUCGAUGGUCCGAGGAAUGUAGGCGCAUACAUGCUGGUUACCAUGACCCAACUACUAGUACAGUCAUCAAUGGCAAUGGCUUUAGGGUUAAUGUCCUGCGUACUACUAGCGCGGCAGUCUGCACAUUUCCUCUACCCGAUCGAGUAGUCAGUGGAGCUGUACGGCGUCUGAUCCAUACCAGUCGUUGCGAAUCCCUCCCAAAACAGCUCCAUAGAGGAUUCCAGAGAGAAACACUACCACGCGGUC